AGCCGGGCGGUGGGAAUGGAGCGAGCAGAUUGAGGCCGCCACUGCAGCGCCGCCAGCAUGAACUUGGCCGCGAGCUGAAGCGGCGGGCGGCGGGCGGGCGCGGGGGCACCGGCCGCUAGCCAGGGGGUGAUCUUCAAUCCGGCUGGGCCAUUCGGCGGGCGUCUGGGGGUAGGCUGCCCGUGCCGGCGGCCGCCCGCCCCUCUGGCUCUGCCCUGGCUGCCGCUGGAGCUCCGCAACACGCUCUGUGUCUAGGUCAUUUGGGAAUCGCGUUGGAGAGUCAAGAAUAAAACUGCAUCUCAAACAAUGGAUGACUGGAAAAGUCGGCUUGUAAUCGAGAACAUGCUUCCACAUUUCAACAUGGUGGGAAAUCGUCAGGAGCCCAGAAAGCUCCAGGAAUCGGGAACCAGUAAAAGAAGACAGGAAGGAGAGAACUUCCACUUCACAGGCGUGGCUGAUGGGGGCUAUCCUAAUAAAAUCAAGAGACCUUGCCUUGAAGAUGUCACCCUGUCUAUGGGCCCAGGGGCCCACCCUACUUCUCUCUCUACAGAGAUUCAGAUGCCCACAUUAAACAUGAAUCACAAUUCUGCAGAUCUGGGAGUGUCUGGUCAAUCAUUACUCCUUGAGAAUAGCCCUCUGGACAGUAAUGUUGUGAAUAGCAGUGCUAUGGGCUCACCAUUUGGGGUGCCAUCAAUUGCAGACACGGGGCUGAAAGGACAUGCUGUUUCUUACUAUGAGAAAAACAACAGUAUGCCAGCUGUAGACCAAGAGCUUCAAGAUCUGCUGGAGGAACUAACCAAAAUUCAAGAACCUUCUUCAAAUGAUCUUGACCUUGAGAAGAUUCUGGGGAGCAAGUCAGAAGAACCUCUCGUUUUACAGAAUCCCCAGGCCCCUCUUGGUCCCCCUGCCAAGCUUCCAGUUCAGAUGCCACAUAUGGAAAGCCUUGGAUCCAGCAAGGAAUUUGCAUCUAGCUGCAGUCAAGUUGCUGGCACAUCACUACCAAUCAUGCCCUCCUCCACAGGGAUCAGCUACUCCAUUCCUUCCACCAGUAAGCAGAUAGUCUCAUCCAGUUCUUCAACAGCACAGGCUCAGGUCAAAAACCAGGUCCAGAACGUGCUCCCCGUCACUAUGCCUCCAUUAUCUGUGCCUCAGUGGCAUCAUGCCCACCAGCUGAAAGCACUUGCAGCCAGCAAGCAGGGAUCUGCUACAAAACAAGGUUCCAACCGCAGCUGGUCCAGUUUGCCUCCUCCAGGUCUUUCCCCACCUUACCUCCCAGUGCCAUCUCCUCACCCACCACCACCACAACCACCACCACCACCAUUCAGCCCACAGAACUUCACAGCGUCCUGCAUGUCAUCCAAUAGCUUGUCUGGCAGUGCUGUGCAAAACUCGCCCAAUGCCUUACUCUCCAGCAUGGCCCCCAGCAGCAAUGCUGCCCUUGGGCCCACCUUGCCCUAUGUUCCAGCAAAGCUCCCGGGUCUGCCUCUCAAUCAGCAACCACAAUUCAGCCCCCAGAGCUCCAUUCUUGCCAAUCUGGUGUCCUCUACUGUCAAAAGCCCUCAAGGACACCUGAUAUCUGCUCUGCCCACCAGCACCCCAGGGCCAUCCCCUCCCUACCGCCCUGAGAAUCUCUCCAGUCCCGGCUUGCCACAGCAGUCCUUUACUCCACAAUACUCUCUGAUCAGGAGCCUCACUCCCACCAGCAAUCUGCUAAGUCAGCAACAGCAACAGCAACAGCAGCAGCAGCAACAAAAACAGCAACAGCAACAGCAGCAGCAGCAGCAGCAGGUGGCAAAUUCCAUCUUUAAGCCUAUGACCAACAGCCAGCAACCCAAAACCUUGAGUAUGAUCAUGCAGCAUGGCCUAACAAGUUCCAGUCCAGAAGCACCUGAGCCCUUUACCUUCAGCAACACGAAGCCCUUGUCACAUUUUGUUUCUGAGUCAAGCCCCCGGAAGAUGACCUCCAUGCCUACCCACUCCAGGCAGUCGUCUUUGCUCCACUAUUUGCCUCAGGCAACACCAGCACACGCUCCUUCUGCCACUGCCUCCUCAACUGCCACUGCCACUUUGCAACUCCAGCAUCAUCAUCAACAGCAUCAUCAUCAACAGCACCAUCAUCAACAGCAGCAGCAUCAACAGAACCAUCAUCAACAGCACCAUCAUCAACAGCAGCAGCAUCAACAGCAGCAGCAUCAACAGCAGCAGCAUCAACAGCAACAGCAGCAGCAGCAGCAGCAGCAGCAGCAACCUGACCAGUCUUCAUUCCUUCUGCAGCAGAUAAUGCAACAACCCCAGCGCUUUCAGCGCAUGAUGGCCUCUGAUUCUAUGCCUGCUCUUCCUGGACAGCAAGAGAAGCAGAGAUCAGGUCCUAUGGCAAUGACCCCUAAACAGCAGAAUGCGUGUAUCGCCCAGCAGAUGACUCAAUUUCAAGCAGUACAAGAACAAGUCAUCUCCAAAUGUAACCAGACCAAGACAAGAUCCCCAUCCAACCAGCAAAAGGUACCACCCAAAACCCAGCUCCUUCAGAACAAUCGGAUUCCAAGCAUAUUAUCACCCACAAUUCACAUGGGUAUUUUGUCAUCAGCUUUGAAGAAGCAGCAAGUCAACACCGGCCUUCCAUUUCCCAUCUCCUCAGGCUUGGGUCAGGAUCCCCUGAAUAGUCUUGGCUCUGUCUGUCCCAAAGCCAAGGCCAUGCCCUUAGAAGUGCCCCUGCCCAAGCUCUGUAUCAGCCUCCUGGGCAACCAAUCCUUGACUCCCCACCAACUCAGCCUCCCCAGUGUGCCAAUGAUGUCUUCAGUGUUCAGUAAUGCAGUCUGUACAGUGGCAACUACAGCUGUAACCACGCCAGUUUCAAAGGAAUCACCCCUGAGCCAAGUAGAUAAUAGAAUUGUGUCGCAUUUUGAUAGCAACUCCAUCAUCUUUGCCAAGGCACUCAUGAGUACUCCCCCAACAGCUCUAGUAUCUCCAUCUCAGAAGGUUGUGGUCCAGGCCAAUCAGAUGGCUCCAGGAGCCAGGCCUGUCCAGAAGGUGCAUUCUGCUCUGGCCAGCCCCAGAUUCAGUCUAUUGGGCAAUCAGAGCCUCAUGCAGAGCCUAGCACAGAGGCCUGUGCCUAUGUUGAGCACCAAGUCCCUCCAACAGAGCAUGGCCAGCUGCUCUCCCAUGAGUCCUAUUCAGAGACUGGAGCCUCCAAGCUAUGUAGCUGCUACUGCUGCCACUAACCAGUCCCUAGGUACAUUGAUUAGAAUGGGCAGAUCCCCUGAGCUACAGGACAAUGUCUUGCCUCAGGCCCAGCCCCCAAUAGAUGGUCUGAUUUCACCAUCAUCUGCAGGCAGUGAUGUGGAUUUCAUGGAAGAGCUUUUGGAAGGCCCCAGUGUGGCCCCAGAUGAAGACUGGGUGUGCAACUUGAGGCUGAUAGGUGACAUUUUGGAGCAACAUGCUGCUGCCCAAAAUGCUACAGCCCAGAAUGCUGACCAAGUCACCCAGGGUUCUGAGGAGCUGUAAAUCAAAGUAGGGUGCUCCAGAAAAGCCCCAUGCUGUCACUCAAAAGACUGGUCUGAAUCUGCAGCCAGCUUGAAACUGGCCACAGAUACCCACACUAGGGUCCUAGUCAGAAUCUUGUCAGCCCUGCCCAUCCCUCUAUCUACCUGAUAAAUAAAAAGCUGGUGAUUUUUCAAGUUACUUGUACAUAUUUGAAAAUUUUGUAAAUGGUUUUCCUAAUCAUAAAUGACAGAAGUAUUUAUACUUGGUUUUGUGGCUUUGUAAAUAAAGUGGCAGCUUUGGUUUCAAUAGAGUUGUGUUUAUUAUACAUUGUUCCAAAUAUGCAGACUGUGUUGUUCGCUCCAGUGAUAACCUUGUUAAACCAGGUGGCCUAGUCACUGAGGUUUUCAUGCCAUGAGAGAUGUGGAUGUGACCAAGGGGUAUUGUGCAAACUGACAAUGCCUAAUAGAAAGCCACUUGGUCAUUAAUUUCCACUCCAUUACAAACUGUACUACCCAGUGUGACUUUUAAUCUUUCGCAAGCCUUUAAAUCUCAGCUAGUUCUUUCCUAAUGAACAUUUACAGCAAAAGUCACGGUAUGGUUAAGUGUCCCACAGAGACACUCAUGAGAGGCCAAGAGCGUCCUUUAGGUUUGGUUAAGAGAGGUGCAGAAAUAGCCUAUGAGCUGAGCACUGUGUGAGCUGGCCACCUUGAAGAACUAGAGCGUUCCCUUCCCUUUGUCACCUAUGGUGACCUUCAGCCGCAGAGAAAGCCCUAGCUUUAGACAGCUUUGGUACACCAUCACAGAGUGAUGCUUUAAAGUCUGCUUUAAACCAUUUAACACUCAUUUUUGAUGUGAAUCUCUGUGGCUUGGGGGGUAAGUCUGUAAACAUUAUUGGUUGAUUUGGGGUUUGUCUUUAAUGGUUUCUAUUUACGGUUCUUGUCAUGUAUAUUUAAGUAUCUGUUAGAGAAACUCCAUAGCCACUGUCCUGUAAACUUUGCUCAGUGUCCAGAUUUUGUGUAAUCACAUUUUAAUUGACACCCUGUAUUUUGAUUCAGAAUUUGAGAUCUGGCAUCUAUUUGGAGCCAGUGGUUUUGUUGUUGUUGUUGUUAUUGUUGUUGUUGGAUUUUUUCUUUUUCUUUUUUUUUUCUUGUUCUGUAAUAAACA